AGACUCGCCAUGCAAUCAGUCUGCCUUUAACAUUCGAUCGACGCUCGUUUCUUACUGACUGUCAUAGUGUCGCGACAAAUUAUAUUUUGACAAUUGUUUGGCUGAAUGAAGUCUUUUGCAUCGACUUGUUUUUUUUUAAAUAAGUCAUAUUCGUUCAUUUUUUCGCGCCAAAAAAAAUAAGAUUCUAGUUUGUGGGUUUAAGAUCUAGUGUGCGUUAAUUUUAAAUUAUAUCGAACAAUAUUAUAGAUAGUUUGAAGUUUCAAAAUGGUGCACACGAUAGCAAUUACAAAUAUUCCAAUUGGACUUGAAGGAACUGUGCGGGAUGGGGUACCCGACGGGGAUUCUGACCAAGAUGCAGAGAGGAAGGGUAACGUGACGUAUGGAAUCGACGAUAUACCAUCAUGGUAUCUAUGUAUCUUCAUGGCUUUACAGCACUAUCUAACCAUGAUCGGCGCUAUAGUGGCGAUCCCAUUCAUUCUGUGCCCGGCUCUCUGCAUGGCGGAGACUGACCCGAACAGAUCCAACAUCAUAUCGACCAUGAUAUUUGUAACUGGACUUGUGACAUGGCUUCAAGCGACAUUCGGAUGUCGUCUCCCGAUCGUGCAAGGUGGGACCAUCUCCUUCUUAGUCCCGACCCUCGCCAUCCUGAACUUGCCGGAGUGGCAAUGCCCGAAGCCAGAGGUGUUGGCCGCCAUGACUGCUGAAGAGCAACAGCAGGUGUGGAUGUCCAGGAUGUGCGAGCUGUCCGGGGCGAUAGCUGUGUCCGCGCUCUUUCAGGUGUUCUGUGGCUACUUCGGUGUGAUAGGAUCCUUGCUGCGCUUCGUGACUCCGCUGACGAUCGCGCCGACGGUGGCGCUGGUGGGGCUCACGCUGUUCGAGCACGCUGCCGAAGCCGCGUCCCAGCAGUGGGGGAUUGCCGCUGGAACGUUUACACUGCUGACAAUAUUUUCACAAUGCAUGACCAAUGUGAACAUACCGACUAUAACGUGGAAGAGCGGCAAAGGAUUCACCAUAGUCUGGUUUCCACUCUUCAAACUGUUUCCCGUACUGCUAACAAUAGUGAUCAUGUGGGCGCUGUGCGGGAUCCUCACCGUGACGGGAGUGUUCCCGCCGGAACACCCCGCCCGCACCGAUGUCAAACUCAAUAUCAUUGAAGACGCGCCCUGGUUUAGGGUGCCUUAUCCCGGCCAGUGGGGCGUCCCAACGGUGAGCGUUGCGGGCGUGCUGGGCAUGCUGGCGGGCGUGCUCGCCUGUACUGUGGAGUCCAUCAGCUACUACCCCACCACUGCCAGGAUGUGCGCGGCGCCCCCUCCACCACUACACGCCAUCAACCGCGGUCUGGGCACGGAGGGGCUGGGGACGGUGCUGGCGGGGCUGUGGGGCUCCGGCAACGGGACCAACACCUUCGGGGAAAACGUCGGCGCCAUCGGGGUCACUAAGGUGGGUUCCCGGCGCGUGGUGCAGUGGGCGGCGCUGCUGAUGGUGGUGCAGGGCGUGGUGGGCAAACUCGGGGCUGUGUUCAUCAUCAUCCCGCAGCCCAUCGUGGGGGGACUGUUCUGUGUCAUGUUCGGCAUGAUCACUGCCUUCGGUCUGUCAGCCCUGCAGUACGUGAACCUGAACAGCUCGCGCAACCUGUACAUCAUCGGGUUCAGCACGUUCUUCCCGCUGGUGCUGACGCGCUGGAUGUCGGCGCACAGCGGCGCGCUGCGCACGGGCGCGGCGCCGCUCGACGCCGCGCUGCAGGUGCUGCUGUCCACCUCCAUACUGGUCGGCGGCGUCAUCGGGUGCACGCUCGACAACUUGAUACCUGGUACGGAUGAGGAGCGCGGUCUGGCGGCCUGGGCUAAGGAGAUGUGUCUGGACGCGGCGGGCGCCAGCGAGCACGGCGACACGUACGACUUCCCAGUUGGGAUGUCCUACAUACGACGAUGGACUUGGACUGAAUAUCUGCCGUUCAUGCCGACGUACAAGGCUGGGAAGUUCACCGACUUAUUCAGAAAGAAACGGAUGUAGAUUACUUUGGUCAAUUUAAAGUAUCAAGAUAAUGUUGAAGAAUCAGAUCAGAUGGAUGAAAAGAAAGGUUCCUGUCUUAAAAAAUAAAGCUUUGUUAACGGAGUACAAAUAUUGUGCUCAAAAACUUUUAUUAGGGACAUGAUUAUGAUUCGCUGUAUAAAAAUAUAAAAGAUAGUAGUUAUAGAUAUACUUGACUGCACGGAUAGCCGAGUGGCUGAGUUCACCACACCAAACCCAUGCUAAGCUAUGUCUUGUGGGUUAGGUGAAAUUUCUUAUUGAGGGAGUCGUUAAAAAAAAAUCUAAGUACAGUAAGUUGGGGUCCAAGACAUUUUCCUAUACCGCAAAAUAUUACUUCUGUUCUGCACGUAACCUCACUAUUUUUAUUUCUCCUUAGUUUUGUUACUUGUACGCAGAAACUGACGGGAUCGACUUUGAAAUUAUAAACUUAAUCUUGAGCUAUUUAUGAUGUCAUGUCAUUUAUAAAGAUUUUUUUUCAUUUUUCCCAUGCUAUAAGAAGAUUUCUCGUUGUUUUCUUUAGUCUUGAAGUCGAUCCCGAUAACGUUACCAUUAGUAGUAUACCUUGUAGAAUUAGUAGUAUUUUGAACCAUUGUACUUCAUUGCAUUUCUUUAUAGUUAAGUAUUACAGUGAUUUGCCUUUUCAUUAAAUUUUGAACUAUAACUAAUUUACUUUGACUUUGAAUGUUUGUAGCUAGUAAAAUAAAACUUGUAUUAAUCAGUACUUAAAAUUGUGAUUUGAAAAUAGUAUUUUUAAGUAGUUUAAUUUUCAUGAAUGAAUGACAGUAAAAUUGGUAUUAAAGCAAAUAAAUGGCAAUACAAA